UCACCUAGCCAAGGCGGGUGCCUUGGGGCCAAUGGGAGCGUCGCCGGCCUGGCCAGCCCCGCCCCGCGCCUCGGGACGUCUGUGCCGGGACAUGGCCGCUGCCGGUACCAGGAUCCUGAGCUGAGCGCCGGCUGCCGGAGCCAACCACCCCCGUCAAUAGUCUGCGCGGGCCGGGCCCGGGCGCCGGGACGGCGAGGAGCUGCCGAGGAAGCGGAGGCAGCCGUAGGACGCCGCCGCGACGGACGCAUGGCGUCCAUCUUGCUCAGGAGCUGCCGCGGCCGGGGCCCUGCCCGCCUCGCGGCGCCCCGCGCCGCCUCCCCGCGGGGUAAUCUGAGGGAUCGAGCUUGUCUCAGUUGUACCAGGACCGUGAGGUUGAUAAGCCAUGAGAAAGUUCUAUCUCGCUGUUGUACUCCAGCCAACCCUGUGUACCUCUGCUUCAAAGGUGAGCCCCUCAGCUGUUGGACUCAGAGGCCUGAGUGCCAAGGCACCGUUGCCAGGGCAACAUGGACACCUGCCUCUGCAAGAUUGGUUGUCACAGGGCCUCAGUACCUUCCUGUGCGCAGCUGGCACUCAUCACCUCCCCUAGGAGAGGACUCUGUGAUAGAGAAGUCCCUAAAGUCCUUAAAGGACAAAAAUAAGAAGCUGGAAGAGGGUGGCCCCGUGUACAGCCCACCAGCUCAGGUGGUAGUGAAGAAGUCCCUGGGGCAGAAGGUACUGGAUGAGCUGAAGCACUACUACCAUGGCUUCCGCCUGCUCUGGAUCGACACCAAGAUAGCUGCCCGCAUGCUCUGGCGCAUCCUCAAUGGCCAUACGCUGACCCGCCGGGAGCGCAGGCAGUUUCUCCGGAUUUGUGCAGACCUCUUCCGCCUAGUGCCCUUCCUGGUGUUCGUGGUGGUGCCCUUCAUGGAAUUCCUGCUGCCUGUAGUUGUGAAGCUCUUCCCCAACAUGCUGCCAUCCACAUUUGAAACCCAGUGCAUCAAGGAGGAAAGGCUGAAGAAAGAGCUUCGGGUAAAGCUGGAGCUAGCCAAGUUUCUCCAGGACACCAUAGAGGAAAUGGCCCUGAAGAACAAGGCUGCCAAGGGGAAUGCCACCAAAGAUUUCUCUGCAUUUUUCCAGAAGAUCCGGGAGACAGGGGAGAGACCUAGCAACGAGGAGAUCAUGCGUUUUUCCAAAUUAUUUGAGGAUGAGCUGACUCUGGAUAACCUCACGAGGCCUCAACUGGUAGCACUGUGCAAGCUGCUAGAACUUCAGUCCAUUGGCACCAACAACUUCCUGCGUUUCCAGCUCACCAUGCGGCUGCGGUCCAUAAAGGCUGAUGACAAACUGAUUUCUGAGGAAGGAGUGAACAGUCUGAAUGUCAAGGAAUUGCAGGCAGCAUGUCGAGCACGAGGCAUGCGAGCACUUGGUGUCACAGAAGACCGUCUGAGGGACCAACUGAAUCAGUGGCUCGACUUGCACCUCCAUCACGAGAUCCCCACAUCAUUGCUCAUACUGUCCCGGGCCAUGUACCUCCCAGACACCCUCUCACCUGCUGACCAGCUCAAGUCCACCUUGCAGACCCUUCCAGAAAUCGUGGCGAAGGAGGCUCAGGUGAAAGUGGCAGAGGUGGAGGGCGAACAGGUAGACAACAAGGCGAAGCUGGAGGCCACACUGCAGGAAGAGGCUGCCAUCCAGCAAGAGCAUCUGGAAGAGCUACAGAGGGCUGCCACUGCUGUGAAGCACGUCCAGCCAGAAGUAGUGGAAGCCACCGUUCCUGGGAGGCCAGGGGCUGAGCUUCAGCCGAAGGUGCCUGAUGUCAUCCUGUCCUCAGAGGAACUGAAGGAUACGGCACCUGUGCUGGAGGGUUUGAAGGGUGAAGAGAUAACCAAGGAGGAAAUUGACAUCCUCAGUGAUGCCUGCUCUAAGCUACAGGAACAGAAGAAGUCCCUGACCAAGGAGAAGGAGGAGCUGGAGCUGCUGAAAGAGGAUGUCCAGGACUACAGUGAGGACUUACAAGAGAUCAAAAAGGAACUUUCAAAGACGGGUGAUGAGAAAAUCAUAGAAGAAUCCAAAGCUAGCAAGAGGCUGACAAAGCGAGUCCAGCAGAUGAUCGGGCAGAUCGAUGGCCUAAUUGCACAGCUGGAGACCAGUCAACAGAAUGGCAAGUUGGCCCCCCAGGAGAGCUCUCCGACAGGGGAGAGUGUCGUCAGUGUCAGUGAGCUCAUCAGCGCCAUGAAGCAGAUCAAGCACAUUCCAGAACACAAGCUGAUCAGUUUGGCCUCAGCCCUGGAUGAAAACAAGGACGGCAAUAUCAACAUCGAUGACCUUGUUAAGGUAAUCGACUUGGUGGACAAAGAAGAUGUUCACAUCUCUACCACCCAAGUAGCCGAAAUUGUGGCCACCCUAGAAAAGGAGGAAAUGGUGGAAGAGAAGGAAAAGGCCAAGGAAAAGGCUGAGAAAGAGGCCGCAGAAGUGAAGAAUUAGAACUGCCUGGCUUUGGGCUCCACAGGCUCUGCCUUCCUCAUGCUACACCAGCCACAGUGGAGAUGACACAAGAGUGAUUGCUUUGAGGUGAUUCUUAGUGGCCAAUCUAAUAUUUUGUCUGGAAUAAAUCAGAAACUUCCAUAAUCAAGCAAUUUUAAUUUUCAUCAUUCCAUGAAGAUGCAGUCAGGCUGGAGCCUUAGAGCCCUCUGGGUGAUUAUGUUUGGACUCAUGCUAUGGUGUGGUACUAAAUGGCCCUAACCCUUGGGUUAAAGGUACAGCCACCAGUAGGAUCAUAGCCUCACACUGACCCUAGCUCCAAAGGUAGCUUGGGUCAGGCUGGGUAGGAAAGCAUUUCCCUGUUUAUGUCCUUACUUGCUCAGGGUCUGGCCAAGCCUCUAUCCCUUGAGAGGAGCAUGAGAACCAAGUGGACUCCCAGCACCGGUGUGGAGCCAAAUGUAUGUGUGCCUGCAUUUCCUCAGAGGCCUUGGGGUAGGAGUUAGACAAACACAAAUGCAGGCCUCUGCGAUGGAGACACUGGAGUCAGUCUGAGGACUUGGGAUUCCUAAAUGCCAGUGUACAUAGAUCUGUAUGCCCACAUCUCCACAGUCGUGUCUUAACUACUGGUCCCUAACAGCAGUGUCUGUCUUGUAUGGAUUCUGAAGCACGUUGACUGGAGCGUUAUCAAUUUACCAUUGAUCUCCACCUAAUUCUUUAACUGACUAGUAAAUUUUCACACAUGACCAUCUGCCUAAUUCAUGAGUAAUCCUUUAAUUAGUGGGUAACAGAAGCCUUUGAAAAUGAAAUCUUUUCUGUUGCUCAGUCCACAUUGCUGAGUAGGCCUGGGAGAUAGAGCUGACACCUGCAACCUGAAUAUACCUGAGGCUUUGUGUGGCUUUUAACAUAAAAUUUAAGUCCUAUCACAGGACAGUGGCCAAGAUGGGGCUUCACAAGGGAGUCUCGUCAUGUUGCAGACUCAGGCUUCUUUAGCACAAUGCUCAUGAGUGUGUUCCUGCCACCAAGCAGAGAGGAAGUAGUCUGGGGCCACAGAGCUUUCAGCAUGGUGUUCCCUGCCUGCCAGCUGCUCACUGGCACCCCUCUGAGUGUAGCCUGCACCAGCUCAGAGUCCAGAGCUCUUUGCUGAGUAGCCAGCAACCUUUCAUACUUGGAGAUGGCUCCUUGGGCAGGCCAGGGCUGGGUAUCCUGUGGCCUCACCACCACACUCCCACUAUAACCCCAUCCUAGGAGCACAGAGAAAGCAAGAUCUUGAGUUCAGCUUGGGCUAUUAUGUCCAGGGAAAAGAAAAUCCUUCUGGGGAAUUCUGGACAGGAUUUGGAAGAUGGACCGAGAAGCAGAAACUGGAAUGGAACUUUCUCAGCUUCUUGAAACGUUUUUCUUAAACAUGAUGCUAAGCAAGAGUAAGAAUUCUCACAUGUAAAUCUGUAACAGUGGAAGGAGCCUAGUGAACGUAUGGUCACAUCUGUGCAUCCUGCUGAACACUAGCAGCCUUGUUUCAACUGUCAGUGCAUACUUGUGAGGACAAGAUUGUGGUUGCCAAGUGUCCCCACAGUGGAGGGUUCUGCCUGUGAGCAGCGUUCUGGAGCCUGUCCUGGGUCUGCCUAUUGUCUUCAUCCUUUACUGUAUCACUGAGCCCUGUCAGUGGCCCUGCAUUGGCUGUCGCUGACUCAGGUGUUUCCCUGCCGGCCUUCUCUGGACUCUGCCCUCACAGGUCACACCAUCACCUCAGAAAGUGGGUUCAUCCUGUGAUGCUUGCUGCAGGGCCUUAGCACACCCGUGUGCUGGAGGGUCUAGCACUGGGUGCUUGCCUCGGUUUUUGGAACUGUCCCCCAUCUGUUUCACUGCUUGACCUUAGUACAGCUGGGUCAGGUUUAGAAAUGGCAGACCCACUGGGCAGUAGUGGUGGCUAACACCUUUAAUCCCAGCACUCCAGAGAAAGAGGCAGGUGGAUCUCUGAGUUCGAGGCCAGCCUGGUCUACAGAGCAAGUUCCAGGACAGCCAGGGCUGUCACAGAGAAACCCUGUCUUGAACCACACCACCACCACCCAAAAAAGAACUAGCAGAUCCAUGACUGAGAACUGUCCAUGAGCGGAGCAUUUGAAAGCUGCUGUGUUUCAACUGUCAUAACCUCUGUUAAGCUCUGUACUUCAGUGCUUGCCCAGGGGCUGGAUACCCACCCCUGUUAAGUGAAGGUAGGGUUUCUGACACAGAAAUCUGGCCUUCUUCUCUCCACUCCGAACCGCCUUCCCACACAGGAUUUGAGAAGGUGGCGUCUGAAGUUCAGGCUCCUUUUGAACUAUCAACAUCUUAAAUGUGAAGGGCACCAUGCAGUUCUGAAAAGCCAUCCUCAUGGUCUUGGGCUGUGCCUUUUGGGACCAUGGUAGUGGAACAAGUUCUAUACCCUCUUCUGACUUCCAGGGAUCCCAGAUCCUCCAGCUGGGUCACAUGUAAACAUCUUCCAUGUCCAUGUAUCAGCCCAAAGGGAUACUUCUAAGGCCUGACAAUCUGACUAGCAAAGAAAUCGAAGAGAAACUGAGACCACCCUGAGUUAAUGAUGACUGUGCUGUGGGCACCAGGUGUGCUCAGAUUUUAGAGGGGCUUCACCUUCCCCUCAGCCCUUAGUGCCAGCUCACUUUUGGAAGCGACUUCCAAAAAAAAUGCCUUGUGGGACCUAUCUGAUGAGACCUGUAUCCCCACAACCUGUGGUACAUCCCUGCUCUGUGGAGUCGAACAAGACUCCAGGCUGCCUCAGGGCCCUGGGAGACUGGCAGGCUGCAUGGGGUGGUGUUUGCUCAACAACUUGAUGUAAGGAGUUGACUAAUAAAGUGCCACUGCUGACUUGUC